AUUUAAAAUCAUCAUUAUAUGCAGGUCGAGAAACACAAAAAUGGCGAUUGCCAUGAUUUUCAAAAGGACAUUCAUUAGUGUUCAAGUUUUUAUGUUUUAUUUGGACUUGAAAUGCAGUCAAAGUCAGGAUAAAGCAAUUUGCAGAUUUCCACUCUGCUGUGAUGACAAUAAAUUGGAUACCAAAGCUAAUCAGUGUGGAGCAUGUUUAUUGGGAUACUAUGGACCAAACUGUACAUUACCUUGUCGCUUUCCUAAUUACGGGCCUGAAUGUCAGUCAGAAUGCGAUUGUGAUGAACAACAGUGUAAUCAUAUCUUUGGAUGCAGAAAAAAGGAAAUCGCAUCGAAUGCUAGCAUUUUUUACUAUGUCAACGAAUUUCUGAUUGAAGAGAACCAUUCUCCCAGUUCGUUUUGGGAUGGUCUUGACUUGAAGCACAAAGCCAUGUUGAUAAGUGUUUGUAUCACUGGGGCUCUACUUGUGGCUAUGUCUGGAAUCUUUAUCUUCAAGAAGAUGAAGAAAUUCUUAGAUAUGACUUCUUUCAAAUUGGAGAGAAACCCAAGUGUCACUUCAUCCCUGUUAUAAAUAGACAAUAUUUGAUCAUCUCUAUAACAGUGACAUAGAGAUAGAACAAUAUCAUCAUUUUGUUUCCAAAAAUAAAAAGGAUAACCUAUUUCCAUGAAGAUAGAUCAAAUUUUAAGACGUUCAAUUCUAUUUGAUAUGUCCUAGGUUUAGGGCCUCCUGUUCAUUGGAAAGCGAGUGAAUCGUAAGGCACAAUCGGAGAAAGCCAAAGCCACUCUUCGUCCAGUUGUCGUCUUCGAUACAUGCACGACAAGAAGCUGGUCAAAUACCCCCAAUAGCUACAAACCUGAGAAACUUUAGUAGUUGCAGCAUUGGUGACAAAGCCAUCGACCUUCUCGUCACAUUACUAACUCUGUCGGCAAUCAUGUCACAGAGAAAGAUGAUUAUGGAUCGAAAAACGGUACCUUUCGUAUAGUUCAUCAUCUGUUCCCAUCUCCAGUGGGUUCAAACGGUCGCCAAAACUCCGAUGAAUCUUUUGCAAAAACCCAACCAGUGCCACCGUCUUGAAUUUACUUAGUAACAAUUUUUAAACUAACAGCAGUUUUAAUAUUCAAGACAGUAUUUCAGACUCAACUCUAAGUCAUUUUUUGUGAUCCACUUUAAGAACAAUCUUAAAAUUUAAGUGCAGAUUAAAAUGAUUUAAGUCUGACUUAAGAAUAAAGACUGUUUGAUGAUCCCGGAGCCUGAUCAGAUUCACAGGAUGAACCUCUGCCAUUCAGUUAACUGAAAUGUGACUGAAAGGUAACCGAAAAGUGACUGAAUGACAUAGCUGUGCUAUUCAGUCACCUUUCCAGACCUUUCAGUUAAUACAAUGUAUUCAGUCUACUGAAUGGCAGAGGUUCAUCCUGUGAUUGAAAAUUAAGCAUGUUCUUUAAUCAUCUCAGAAAGUUAAGCCUACUUUCGGGAAUAUUGAAUUUCUAAAUUGAUUGCAAACAAAUAACAAACAACUUUAGUUUGCAUUUUUUUAAUUCAAUACAUUAUUUUGUAUUAGAAGAUUACAAUCAUGAUGUGUCGUUAUUGAAAUGUUAUGAUAUAUCUUAGCCAAGGUAACUACAAUGUUAUUUCUACAAAUAUACAAGUAUGGCAAUAAUAUAUCAUUGCACCAGUCAAAAAAGGGUCUAAUGGCACUUUUGAUAAAACAGAAAAAUAACGUAACAGACAUAUGAUGUUACUCCAUAACGUCGUUCGAAAAGUGCAAAACAUAAAGCGCGUUAUUUUAAUAACUUUUGUAUUUUUUACCUGAUUUUUAUCUAUUCAAUUCGUUAUUUGGGCGUAAUUCGUUAAGAUAUAUUGACAACUUUAUUUUUUUUCUCAUUUAAUUUUAGAUUAAUCGAAAUAUUCUAGCAAUGUUUUGAUUAAUUGUAGUGGAAAUAUUUUGCAACUAACAUUGGUGUGUGUAUACGUGUUUCUUUUUUAUACAUCAUAUUAAUAUUGCUCAACAACAAAAGCUAAAUAAUUUAAAGUACUUGGUAUUACUAGAUUUAUAAAAAGGAAACGCCUGACCUAACAAAUAUUAUCCUUUGUUAGAAAUUACUGUUGAUGUUAUUGAUUUCAACAAUAUACAAAGUCAAAAAUUAAAGGUGUUGCAUACACUAAACGGUCACUUUUCUGGCAAAAGACUUGAAAAUUAUCUGGUUGAACAAGUUCGAUAACAGAAAGUGUUCACUCAUAUUUCCCCUUUAUGAAAAUAAAAGAGAAUCUUGGUUACAGUCUUAAGUGUUGAUUAAAACGCCAUAUGUUUAAAAUUUGCUUUCAAU